CGGAGAGCGGAAGGCGCACAACGCCCGCUUUACAGACUAGGAAGUCUGGCCUCAGAGAGGGACGUGACUUUGGAGGCUGGACGAAGAAAGGCCAAAGCCGGAAGAGCCCAAAGCAGCGGCCACGAGGGCCCAGAGCCGCCCCAAAGACCUCGCAGGCUUUGUGGGGGUGCGGGUGCGGGAGUGGAGGCGGACCGGCUGAGGCGUGGCCUUAUGACGCGGCGUCACGUUCCCCUGUCUGGCGACCCAUUGGCUCUCCUAUUACCGUCCUUUUCCGGGACAGGAAAACGGGUCACAGCCGGAAAGGAGGUUCAAGGCAGCGGCGGCGUCCGAAGCAAAGCGAACUGGUCCCUUUGCAGCCAGUCAGCUUCUCCAUUCAGGCUCCGGCCCGAAUUGGAGAAGUCCUACAGAAUCCCGGCCUGUGGAAGGGCGCCGAAUCGGAUCGCGAAGUAUCCGACGCAGAUCGAAAUUUAAGAGCUCCUGAGCGCCACCGGAAGCCACGCCCCCAGGCGGGUCGGGAAGCCUCGCCGUGGGGGAGGAAACCAAAAGAGAUUGCCCCCGGGGAGCCCGCCAGCCAUGGCUACGCACCCGGGGGCUGGUCCUGCUGCUCUACGCUUCGUAGCCGCUGCCAGCUGGCAAGCCGUGCGUGGGCGCUGCGUGGAACAUUUUCCGCGGGUGUUGGAGUUUCUGCGAUUCCUGCGAGCUGCUGCUCCUGGCUUGGUUCGCUACCGCCACCAUGAACGCCUGUGUAUGGGCCUAAAGGCCAAGGUGGUGGUGGAGCUGAUCCUGCAGGGCCGGUCUUGGGCCCAGGUUCUGAAUGCCCUGCAUCACCACUUUCCAGUGUCUGCACCUGUAGUGCGGGACCCCAAAGCUACAAAACAGGAUAUGAAAAAGAUCUCAGAGGCACAAGAAACUUUUUGCCAACAGGUGAAGCAUCUGGCAGAGGCCCCUGUGGACUUGGCUUCCAAGCUGCAGGAACUUGAACAAGAGUAUGGAGAACCCUUUCUGGCUGCCAUGGAGAAGUUGUUUUUUGAAUACAUGUGUCAGCUGGAAAAAGCACUGCCUACACUGCAGGCACAGCAGCUUCAGGAUGUGCUGAGUUGGAUGCAGCCAGGAGUUUCCAUUACUACUUUUGCCUUGAGCCAAUAUGUUGUGGACAUGGGGUGGCCACUUGCAGAGUGCUCUAUUAAUAAUUCAAUGAACAUGACAGAGCCCGUGGAGCAGAGUCUUCCUCAGCAACCAAGUCUAGCACUCAAUGAUCCUCUGCCAAGAGCCAGGCCUGGCCAUUACCUUCAUCAAGGUCCAGCCUCAAGGAAGCACCCAGAACCUGUGGCUGGCCACUAUUUCAAUUUGGCUCCUCUAGGCCGGCGAAGAAUCCGGUCCCAUUGGGCAACCACUAGGGGAGGCCAUAAGGAGCGCCCCACAGUCAUGCUGUUUCCCUUUAGGAAUCUGGGUUCACAAAUGCAGGUCAUAUCUAAGCCUGAGAACAGGGAAGAACACACGGCAGAUCCAGCAGGCGCUAUGGGCACAAGAGAAGCCUACACUGGAAAGUCUAAGAGUCCCUCCCAGACCCUAGGGGGGAGGGCUCUGAAGGAGAACCCAGUUGACUUGUCUGCCUCAGAGCAGGAGAAUUGCUUGGAUUGCCCCAUGGAUCCCCUGAUACUGUCAUUAUCACCUCCGAUGACCAGGAAGCCAGUGUCUCCUCCAUCUCAGUCCAGCUCUGUCAUUACCAUAGGGGACUUUGUUUUGGACUCUGAUGAGGAAGAAAAUAGCCAGAGGGAAGGAAGGGGGUCUCUGGAAAACUAUCAGAAGACAAAAUCUGAUACCCUGAUCCCCACUUUGUAUGAGUACCUCCCUGCUUCUGGCCCCAGUGACGUGGGUUCCUUCCCAUGACCAUAUAGACAGCUCUAGACUCCUGUGAUAGGAAUGGAAUGCCCUUUGCACUCUGUCUCCUUCCUCAGCUCUACACACAGUUUAGAGGGAAUAAAGUGAAGCCUAGGCUUGGGUUGCCUGUUCACAUUGCUAAAAUUACUUUGUAGUGCUUGAUAAUUAAACAUUGGAGUACUUAAAACACUGUCUUGAUGUGAGGAAGGGAAAUUAAAGCUUCUGUAAGGUCGGUGUAGAUCAUUCCUUAGAAACAGAACUGUCCUUUCCAGGGCUGGAAGAAUCCCUUUGCUUUUUUACUUCCCUUGCAAAGUGGUGUUCCAGUGUGCCCAGAAGGGUUACCAGGGCUGGCAGCCUGAAAGAGAAAUUUCUUUUUGCUAUUCUGAAAAUGUCUGCAUGUGUCCUGAUGCCAGAAUAUAGUUUGUGAAUUCUCGUGCUGUCAGAUUAUCUGUGUGGUGGCACUAGAGUGCAGAUACCUCAUGGAAAAAGUACUCACUGUCCUUGGUAUUGGGUCAGUGCCAGCUCCACCUCCACUUGCUUGGGAGCAGCACCCAGAUGCCAGCCUUGUGCAGAAAGCCCCCAGUAUCUCUUUAUAGUCAUUUGGAUUUUUCUUUAUUGAGGUAUUUAAAAUAUAUGAACAUUUCUGAGUUUUUUAGAUAUUCAAAGAUUCUAUUCAAUGAAGCUGAUUAACAAAACAUGAUUCUAAAUGCCUUGUUCCAGACCAGGGCUAUAUUAAGUACUUAUGUUACAACCCAGCAUCUUUGCCUUUUAAUAAUCUUCAGGAUGCUGGGUGCCCAGAUCCCUAUUCACCUCAUUUUCCCAUGAGUGCCCUGGACAUUGUGUGUGUGCAGAUAGAGAAGUACAGAAUUACUACAGGAGCCUUCAGGAGUGAGAUGACAGGAAAUGACCAAGUCAUCAUAGCCACAGUAGCUAGGAUGGGUGAAGAGCCCACUUGGGUGGGGUGCUGGUGCCUUAGGAGGGCAGAACUGCUCAGAUCUAGCUCUCUUCACUGAAGAUUGGAUUCACCUGCUGAGUGACCCGGAUGAAGGUAGUUCUCCUGCUCAACUCCUUCAGUUUAGCUGCUCCCACGUAGGUACAUGUGGAGCGGAUGCCUCCAAGGAUGUCUCGGAUGGUAUGUUCCACAUCCCCUUUGAAGGGCACCUCCACUAUCUUUCCCUCUGAGGCCCUUAGAGAAGUAAAAAACUUUCUUACCGUUUCUUUCGGAAUUCCUUAAGCCCAGUGACUUAUCUCCAGUCUUUAGCAUUUAGCCCUGGUUCACCACUUUUCUCAUAACCAUCCAUCUCCCAAUGAGUAAGCCACCACCCUACUUAGUCACACUUUCCAAGAACUGCCAGCUCCUGGGCUUCAACACAUACCUGUACUCAGCCACGCCUCCAGCAUACUUCUUCAUGGCCAUUUCAGAACUCAUUCCAUAGAAGAGCUUGUACCUCUUGCCAUUCCUCUCAAUGAGCUCACCACCUGACUCAGUGUGCCCAGCCAGCAUGCCACCCAGCAUCACAAAGUCGGCCCCUGCCCCUGCCAGCAUCAACAAUGGGGGAAAGAGAUGAAUCUGGCUCAGGUGCCCACUCGCCCACCCUGAGAAGCAACUCAUGCCAAAUUCUCAGUCCUAACCAACAUCUUCCUGGGUUUGCUUCAGCUGGCCUACAACCAAUACAGGCUGCUCUGCCCUGGCCUCUCAGUGGGCCUGCUUUCCCCAAGAAUUUUUUAAAAGCCUCUGCAGAUUCCCUGGCUCACUUCUGCUCUUUUUUGCUGCUCUUGCCAUCUUCUGGUCAUUCCUUUUUACUGUGUCCAGCUAAACACACUUCAAGUUUCCCAAGAGCAAAGGUCUCCAACUUCAGUGUGAGCUAGGAUCACCUAGGAAGCUGUGAAAAAUGCAGAUUUGCUGCCCCAUCCCCUAGAAUCUGAUUUUGUAGGUCUGGGUAGGGCUCAGGCAUCCAUACUGUCCAGCAGUCCAGAGGAUCAUGCAGAUGGUGCUGCUUCACACUUGGAGGGUCCCUAUCAGUCUCAGGAUUUCCCCUGGUGGCUUGCCCUAGGUGAAACCACAGCCUUCAGGGUCACUAGUUCAUAUUAUAAAAGAAAUAUGAAUGGCUUUCUCAGCCUUUUCCUAGACCCUCAGAGAUAACUCAUCCUCUUCUACAGGAUCCUCCUCCCAUACCCUCCCCAACAGCCUUACCAAAAGCCUUGGCCACAUCCCCAGGACAGCUGCAGCCUCCAUCCUGCAAAGUACGAAGCACAGUGAAGAGAUGGCCUAGAUUUCCCAAGCUCUCUGAGUGAUGUCCCAUUGACCCACCUCAAAGAUGACACGGACCUGGGAGUCCUAAUCCACCUCUACCAGAGCCUCCAUACCUAGCAGAAAACCUAGAUGUUUGGCAGCCUCAUACCCUACCCAGCUCCAGCCUUACUGAAAUGAUGUGGCCUUUGAGGCCAUGAGCAGCAUCUGCACACUCCAGCACUGCACUGAGCUGUGGGUAGCCCACUCCAGUUUUCUUCCGGGUGGUACACACAGAGCCUGAGGAGAGCGUGACAAGGAUGAGAGUGAAGUGCUCCACAGGUGUCUGCCACCAAAGGGGGAGCCAGUGGCACCCAAGGAACCAGCUUACCAGGUCCAAUUCCUACUUUGAUGAUGUCAGCCCCAGAGAGGAUCAGCUCUUCCACCAUCUCUCCUGUUACCACAUUCCCUGCCUGAGACAGCAAUUAAAACAGCAUUCUUAAGAUUGGAAAGAGAGAGGAGGUUGGGUGUUCUCAUAUAGCACACCUGGACUGUUACCUGUCAAAUUAUUAUAAAGAAGUGGACUUGGGUUCCCUCUCCUGGGUUCCCUAGAGCAUCUAGACUAGCCACUUCAAAGGACCCUGCUUCCCAAGCUGAGGUAAGGGGGUGAGUGGCCUGUGUCACCGCUGUACUAGGGUAAAGCUGGGGUCCCUAUGGACCAAGGUCAAAUCUGAUAUGCAAUAGAUUUAUCUCCCUCUCCCUGCCAGGAGACCCAAACAUAUCCUGUCCUUAAGCUGUUAUACCAUAUAUCCUCUCUGGCUUCAGGGCAAAGCGGAAGACAUGGUAAUGUCAGCUGAAUACCCAUCUGCACACCUGAAUUCGCUUUUGAUGGACAGUACAGAGAGACCCCCCUCAAUGCUGGAGAGAAAAUGAGGCCUCGUCAUCACUUCCCUAAGCUUGUAAAAAAAAUAAAACUUUUUUUUUUUUGUGCAGCCCCUUUAA